AUGCUUACAGAGACACCAAAUGGUGGUUGCCCGGACGAGCUCACGGCUCUCAAUGCGUCAUGUACGUGCAUCACGGGCUACAGCGAGACAUCCUCCACAUGGUCAUUCCACGUCACGACGGAAUCCUGGAACUCAACCACAACUACCCCCACUCGUUCUCUAACCCAGUCUUCUUCCAGUGAGUUGGCUCUCAACACAGUCAGUUCGAUCUGGGUUUCCUCGAGCUUGGAGACGCUGGAAAUUGAAGGCGUUGGCGAAACCCCAGCCCAACUCACGUUCAUCAAUGAGAACCGUGAGGAUUCGGAGUCUUCCCUGGUGCUAGUGCGCUCGGAGAACAACUCAACCAACGUCUCGACAAUCUCGAUCUACAACGUGGAUUUGAACUCUGUAGCGGAGAAGAACUCGAACUUGAUCCCCGCAUCGGCGACGACUCUGACCUUGCGCAGUUGCAACAUUUCGACACUAAGCCACUCGUUCACACGUAACUGGAGCUGGCUUCAGUACCUCGACUUGUCCUCGAACAACAUUGACACCGAGUACAUCGGUGGUGCUUAUCUAAAAGAGCUCAAUCUAUCGCACAACGCGCUCGCAGUGUUCCCUGCGGGGUCGCUCAAUACGAGCGGGCUGGAAGCACUGUACAUCCAGGGUAACAACAUCCAGGACUUCAACGUGAGUCAGGAUCAGUACGAGCAGAUCCGAGGGCUCAGUGCCUUCACAGCGGACAAACCAGACUCCUCAUCUACUUGUGAGGACGGUGCCUGGCAUUCUGCACACGGAAUUACGUUCUGUGUGCUCGGUGUGUCUACAGCUGCACUACCCGAUUCAUCGCCAUCGUCGGGAUCGAGUAGCGAUGAUGUCAGCGGCGGACUAGGCUUGCUGGGAUACUGGCUUAUCGCUGGUGCUAUCAUCGUCUUCUUCCUGCUUCUACUGGUUAUUUGGCAGCGUCGCCGUCACAACCAAGAGCGUGAAAGCAGCCCCCUUGUGUCACCCGACGCACUUGAGGCGAAUACCCCGAAAGUUAAUGCCCACGCUGCUUUCGGUGCACUUAAUCGGGACGCCGAUGUAGUUGCCCCCACUACUGAAGCUGCCGGUGUUGCCGGUGUCGCCAGUGUCGUAGCUCUCCCCGGUUACGGUCGCUCCCACGGUAACAGCGUUGAUAGCGAGGACACUGCUCUGGGUGCACUUCUAUUAAAUAACCAAGCCCUUGCUUCAUGCCGGCUAGACUACGAUGAGGUGGCACUUGGUCGCUGCAUUAGUCGUGGUGGCUUCGGUCUAGUAUUCGUGGGCUGCUACCGUGGACGACAGGUGGCGGUGAAGAAGAUCCGCAACGAGCGCGGUGUCCAGCGCGAGCAAGUGGAGCAGUUCGUCGGCGAAAUUUCCCUCAUAUCGGGAUUGAAUCACCCGCGUAUUGUAGAAUUCAUCGGUGCGUGCUGGACUAGUCCCGCCGAGCUCUCAGCAGUGACGGAGUUGAUGGAACGUGGCGAUCUGCGCGAUGUCACUCGACGAUUCAAACGUCGUGGCUACCGUCUCACCUGGGAGACGCACAAGACUGUUAUCGCGCUGCACAUCGCUGAGGCAUUGACACAUUUGCACGGACUGAACCCGACAGUGAUCCACCGCGACCUGAAGGCUAAGAAUGUGCUGCUUAACGCCGACAUGGAGGCCAAACUCAGUGACUUUGGCAUCGCACGUGAACGUACCUUCUACGAUGGUAGCGAGCACAUGACGGUGGGCAUUGGUACGUCGUUCUGGAUCGCCCCCGAGGUGCUUCUUGGCCGUGACUACGACGAGCGUGCCGAUAUCUACUCGUUCGGCGUCGUCCUCUCUGAAAUCGAUACGGACGAUUACCCGUACUGGAACGCACAGCACCCACCGCAGGGUAAGGCACAGGAGAACGAGAUUCUCCGUCUCGUAGCUCGUGGUGCCAAGCGUCCAGUGUUCUCGGACGACUGCCCACCAGCAAUCUUGGAGUUAGCUGCCCGUUGUCUCCGCGCUGACCCUAAUGAGCGUCCCAGUGCCUCCGAUAUCGUAGUAUAUCUGCAGCAAAUGCUACAGAUUCGCACCUCCAGUGCGUCCUUUUCUUCGAUGAUGAGAUCUGGUCAGUCGCUCGACUUCGUUACGAACUCCAGUACGACAGCGCCGACCAACACAAUCGUGAACUUGCGGUUUUCGAUGGAGAAGAACCAAGCGAUGUCGGCAUAUCCGUCGACCAACGCAGCGUAUGCCUCUGAAAAGAAUAAAAAGAAGUCAACUACCGCAACUACAACGACGAAGGUUCUAGCGACUGGUGAGGCUCUAACGCCGACACACGAAAUGGUGACGUCGUCACCUCAAGUAACGCAAAAAGUGGUCCGCACAAACCUUCCUAAGGCCAAGCGAGCCAAGAGCAGUACUGGUGGCACUACCAGCAGUAGCUCUAGUAUUGACGUGGCCGCGGGAAGAUCUGGUGGAGACAAUAGCGGUCGCAACUUUGGUACCGAGAGUCCUUCGUCGAGCCGGAAUCAUGCCGGACUCGGACUCACAUCACCUUCCAGCUUUCGCGACAACCUGGUUGCGAUGGAUAAUUUAAACCAGCAGCGACAGCUGAGCUCUUCGAGUGGAAAAGUAGCGAAAAAGUCUUCGUCCCAAGACACCGAUAUCGAUCAUCGAGAGAAAAAAUGGAUCGUGUACGAGGACGUCAAGGAGCUGUAA